ACCCCCCUCCUUCUUGAAUGAUGUGAACCAUCAAUGUGUUGCACAUGCGCAGUUUGCUCUGCUACAACGGUUAGAACGGAUCUCUUCAUCUGUUACUCGCCGUGUAAGGACCGGACACACAGAAGAAGCCUACAGUUGAAAGGACAGUUAAACAUCAGCACUGGAAUCCAGUUGGCUACUUGGCAAGAUGCCUCUGUUUGGCAACACCUUCAGCCCAAAGAAAACGCCACCUAGAAAAUCUGCGUCACUAUCCAACUUGCAUGCACUGGAUCGGACAGUCAAGGAGGUGGAGUUGGGUCUAGAUUAUGGAGUUCCAAAUAUCAACCUGGGAGGCCAAAGUCUAAAAUUUGAAAAUGGACAGUGGAUAGCUGAGUCAGGUGGCUCCGGGUCGCACAAGGAGCUUCAACGUCUUCGAAAGAGGAACAUGCAAUUGGAAGAAGAGAACAACUUGCUGCGUCUGAAAGUAGAACUCCUACUAGACAUGCUCUCUGAGACAACGGCAGAAUCCCACCUGAUUGAGGAAGAGCUAAAAAGCCUGAGUGGGCGAAGGAAAUGAAUGAAUUAUUUGAACCAGAGAAGAAUCUGGAAAAGACGCAAGCAGCCCCCAGCCAUUGAUAAUUAAUACAAUGUAUGUGGGUGCAAUACAUGAACAAGGACACUGUAUCUGUUCUAGGAGUUGCUGGGGUUCGAGAGGGAACUACCCUCUGUAAAGAAGAAUAAACUGAUGAUGUUGACCCCUGCGCUCGACUCUUAUGUGUCCCCACGUUAAUUCUAACAGUAGAGUUUAGUGUUGAUGCCUGCAUUCAUUAGCAGAUAGACAGUGUUACCUGUUUCAUUCAAAGAAAUACAGCACUGAUCUUCCUCCAUUGUAUUUAAUGAUCUAUUUACUACAAAUAUACUUGUAUUUAGAUAUCAAUGAAGUCUUGACCAGACUAAAAAACAUCUAAAAUAAAUUGAUGGAUAUUCUAAAAAUACAACUUUUAAUACCUCUAUAGCUUAAAAGGAAAAUUGACAAAAUCUAUCACAAAUUUAGAGUUUUUACUUUAACAUUUUUAUACUCCUUUAGUGAGAGAUAACCAGUAGCAGUGAGGGGGGAAUGUCAUCUUUUAAAAUCUCACUGAAUACAGAUGUGUCAGCCACGAGCCGCUCACCUGGAAUAUAUAUGUUUUUAUCGGAUUUUACUUAUGAGUACAUCUGUACGGGGAAAAAACAUAAUGACAGCAGAACUGUGCAACUAACUUAGAAACAAUAUUCUGCUUAAAAAAGUGUAGUUUAUUUACACCCAAAAGAAAGGGGAUUUUGAAUGGAAAUAGGCUUGGCUUGAAAUGCUUUAUAGAUACUCAAUUGUCAUAUAUCUAGUUUUAACAAGAGGAGUGGGUGAGAGACUUUGCCAACUGUAAUAGAUUGUAGCUGUGCACAAAACAUAUAGGGCUGGAUGUAAUGCAGUGCCAGGUGGCCGGAGCUCCAAUAUUCCGGCCAAACUCGUACUUUGUUUUUUAAAGCGGCAAUCAUUUGCAAAGUAAAACAAACCUGGUUUUGCCUUCUAAAUGAUUGGCGCUUUAAAAAAAAAAAAAAAACGUACAAGUUCGUCCGGAAUCUCUGAGUUCUGCAUUGCAUUACAUCGGGCCCAUAAUGUCAAAAUAAAGCCUUAUAUGUUACAGAUAAAUACUUUUAUAAACUGCUCUUCUUGUUUGGUCUAGCAAUAUAAAAUUAUCAGGUUUCUGUACCCAACAUCAAUGAUUACAACACAGUUUGUUUUAGUGUUGAUUUUUGAAUGUGUUAUUAAAUGUGUUUAUGUUUUAAA